CAAGGAAUACUCAAAUUGAAUCAAAUUUCAAUAAACUAAAAUGGUCAAAACACGUGGCAUGGAAAAAGUCGAACGUGGUGAAAUUCAGUUAAAUAUUACUGAAACUUCAUCAGCCUUGAAUAACUCACAACCAACGCCAAGUACUUCUGGUGUUCGCGGUCGCCCACGUGGUCGUGGAAGAGGUGGUCGUGGACGAGGUGGUCGUGGACGAGGUGGCCAUGGUGGAGUUGGUCGCUCAACACCAAAUGCCAGUGUUCGUGCUCAACCUCGUGGUCAUCAAGUGAUUACUGUGCCAAUCGAUUUAAGCCCGUAUGUUGCCAACUACGAUGAACGUCGUAGUCGACGUGAUGACUUUGACGAUCGCUCCCGGUCUCGUCACCGUAGUCGUCAUUCUGGUCGACAUUCUAGUCGUCAUCAUCGACAUCGUCAUGGUCAUCGUGAUCACCAAAAACGCCGCCGUGACUAUGCAAGCUCAUCUGAAUUUGACAGUGAUGAAGAACGUAAUUAUCGGCGCCAUCAAAAGAAACGAGCACGUUAUUCAUCAUCGUAUUCGUCUUCAUGCUCGUAUUCGUCGCUUUCUCCAGUGGUUCAAAAACCAUUGAAAACGUACUUGCCAGCAAAGCGAACAAACCGCGCCAAAAGUUUGCACGUUGCAUCUGUACCAAUUCCUGUACAGGAAUCGUACGCGCCAGCCAAGCGAACAAACCGUACCAAAAGUGUGCACAUUGUAUCUGCACCAAUUCCUGUACCAGCCAAGCGAACAAACCGUACCAAAAGUGUACACGUGUCAUUUCCCGAUUCAUUGCCUGCUUCAUCACCAAUUGAAAAACCGAAAGCCGCAAAACGCACUCAGCGUGCAUUAACCAUUGAUGUACCGACAAAACGAACUUUGCCAUGGUUGCCAGAAAUACCACCAUUCAAACCAGGGGUCAGUGGUAUUUUGUUGAAUGGCGGAAAACGAAUGGAUGAUAGUACAGCGAAGAGACCACCACCAAAUCUUUUACCAAUCGCCACAACUAAAUCCACCACUGAACUUCAACAAAAUGAGCAACAGGCCGAGGUUUUGCAGACACAGAUCAGCUUGAAUGCUAAACUCAUGAAAGAAGUCGAUGCUCUCAAAGAGGAACGGUCGCAAUUGUUGAAAACAGUCGAGCAGUCGAACAAGGAAAAGGAGGUUUUGAAAAUGAAGUUGGUGCGAUCAAGCGAGCAACUCGAAUAUUUAAAGAAAAAGUUGGCCAAGAAACAUGAUGAAAACAUCGAUCCAAAUUUUGGGGCAAUCAAUGCAAUCCAGUUGGCAAAGAACAAUGAUGUCAACAACGAUGUCGUCAAAGACGUUGUCAACACCGAUGCAGUCGAUGCAAACACCACAAAAUAAAUUUAAUGUCGUUUCUUUCAUUCCAAUUAAAUGAUCUCUCUA